ACCGUGGCUCAGGUAUUCGAACUCCAUCAACGGUAUUGUUUCGGGGUAAUAAUACUGUCCAUUAGGGUUGUCUUUCUUUAAGAGUGUGGGUCACCAAUGCCAUGUGAAUUGUCUCUUUCCUAUCUUUUGCUGGCGAUAUGUGAAAAAGAGCUACAUGUCAGGAUUUGUAUUUCAUAUAGCAUCAGAGGCUGGUUUGAACAGAAAAGUUUCAGACAAAUGUGUUGCUUGUUCUACUAUGGUUUGUUCUCCAAGCUGGCGGGUCGUUAGCCCAACAGCAUUUGAGCCCGCAUUGCAUCAAGCGCACAAGAAAAAGUUGUGAGGUGACAAUCUAAACUGUGGUUCGGUCUCAAGGUUCAUAAAAAUAUCCUUCAUCAAUGGCUUUUUUUGUGAAAAAGAAGAAAUUCAAGUUUCAGACACAUUUGACAUUGGAGGAGCUGACCGCUGUGCCUUUUGUCAACGGAGUAUUGUUCUGCAAGCUUCGAUUGUUGGACGGUGGAGACUUUGUUGCAACUUCAUCAAGAGUGGAGGUUCAGGAGAACUGUGUUCGAUGGAAGAAGAGGUUCACCUUUUUGUGUAAAAUGAGUGCCAACCCCACAACUGGAGUGCUGGAUCCCUCGAUCUGUCGGGUUUCUGUGCGGAAGGAACUCAAAGGAGGAAAAACGUAUUCAAAGCUGGGUUUUACUGACCUAAACAUGGCAGAGUUCGCUGGCUCAGGCUCUGCGGUCCGCUGUUGUCUACUGGAGGGAUACGACACCAAGAACACCAGACAGGACAACUCCAUACUGAAGGUGACUAUCGGGAUGACCCUCCUCUCUGGAGAUCCGUGCUUUAAAACCGCCCCCAGCACAGCCAAGUCCAUCUCGAUCUCAGGCCAAGACCAUACCCUGCAGCUAGACUGCAAGGGUGAAGGCACUGGAACCCCAAACCGUCCCCCUUCUUUGGGCCGGUCCAUGAAGCCCAGGCCCUCUGUCAUCAGCUCAGGACUUCCAGAGGAGCCAGACCAGACCCAGGUGGCCAGCCCAGGAGAAGUGUUCCAGUCGGGCCACUCUCGCAACUCCAGCUACGCCAGCCAGCUGAGCAAGAUCUCAGGCUACAGCACCGAGCACUCCUGCUCCUCCAGUAUGUCUGAUCUCACACACCGGAGGAACACCUCCACAGGAAGCAGCACCUCUGGGGGCCUGAGUGUGACCGUAGACACCCCCCCAGAGACAGAGAGCGACAUCUGCCAACCAGAGAGACCCCCUCGCCCCCCACGGCCCAUCCUGCCAUCCAACAGACCCCCCAGGAGGAAGCAGGAUUCUGUGGAGAGCCAUCCCUCCUGGGUGAAUGACACCCGCAUCGAUGCUGACGAUAUAGUUGAAAAGAUCGUCCAGAGCCAGAACUUUGGUGACAUAAGUAACACUGAAGACAGUAACCUGCGACUGUUUGUCAGUAGAGACGGGACCACUUCCCUGAAUGAGCUACAGCUUGGAAACAGGGUGUCCGCCGGUGUCUAUGAGCCAGUUGUGAUUGAGAGCCAUUAGGACUGGUGAAGAUGUGAGUUUAAGUUGAGGCCUCUGUGGUCAAGCUUGUGGACUAACUCUAGAAACCUAUGGUAGUCAUCCUGGAGCACCAGCUGAGCUGGUUGCCAUGAGAGGAGGACUGUACCGCACAGUUUUCAUGUUUAGUUGUGGAUCUGUUUACCCUAUGGGGUCUGAUUGAUUGUAAACUGUUUUUGUCUGGUCAUUUUGCACUUUAUUUCUAAUGUGUUGUACCCCCAGAAGAUGUGGCUUAAGUCUGAACUCAUUUCAGCUGUAUGUUGUUUCAGUAUCUUUGUUUCUAUGGUAAAUUUCUUGUCCUGUUGAUCAGGAAGUGACAUCAUGCAUUUCUCGAUCCUCAGCCUUUCCACAAAUAUUGAAAAAUAACGAUCGGACAAAUGUAAUACUGUAAAGAAAAUAUCCAAUACACAUUGUAUGCGCUACUUUAGAAUGUAUUUUUCUCAUACAUGACCCAAAGCACCAGAUCAUCUCUGUGAUGACAGUGCUAGUCACUAUUGGAGGAGAGUUGGUGAUGGAGGAGAGCUGGUGAUGGAGAAGAGGGAAAGUUCUCAGCACUGGUCUGACUGGUUUCAAUCCCGUUUAGAUUGUAGUACUCUGGCGCCCCCUUGUGAAGAAAUGGCCUGUUGAGGGAUCAGUCUCUGAUUUUCAAUCAUGUCCCCAAACAACUGGCAGGUCCUAGCCUGUCAUUUUUAGGGUUUACAAAUCUCAAGGAACUGGGUAGGUGUAGUAAUAUGGGGGAAGUUUUAUAUGCUAUAAGUUCUAAACCCAUUAGAUGGCUAUUUGGUGCUGUCUGAUUCUCUCCGAUCUGCAAACACCAAAGGGUUAAGAAACUAGGGGUCAGACUUGACAAUACAUAUUCAGGAGUCGUUUACACUGGCAGAUGUCUUCAAACAUUAUCUUAUGAAGGAUCAUUCAUCAUUUGUUUGUUUUUCCAACCAGUUUGUUGGAUUUAAAAAAAAUGGAAUUUAUCAUGCACUACAGAGGUUUGGAAGGUUCCCUGUGUAUUGUUUUUAUAGAAUUGCAUUCUCAAUGAUGUUGAAAAAUACAGAACAAAUUGUUUUCCUACAUAUCUGAAUGUAAACUGGGAUAUACUUUUUCUAUCAUAUGUGACUAAUAGAGCUGUUGUUAUGGACUGAAUUCUCGGAGGUUUGAUACACUUGUUCAGAGUUAACAUUUUGCAAUGUGCUGAUAAAUAUUAUCUGUCAGUUGUCUGCCUAUGAAUGUCUUAAAUGAGAUUCUGUAUUUAUUGCUGUGCAUUAUGUACAAAAUAUCAAUUAUCACAUGGGCUAAUAUUGACCACAGCUGGGUUUACAUUGAAUGGUCUCAGGUGAUGUGUGACGUUCAUUGCGACAGCACUUUAGAUGUUUUUUUUCCCCCCAUUCUUCUUUCCUGUGUUUGAAGAGGGGUUUAAGCUAUACACACAACCCCAGUGUCCUACACAUAAAUUAGCAUUUUGUCUAAUCUUGUUACAUUUUUAUUAAUCUUAGAUUGUAAUUUUAACAUGCACAUGUAUACUAGAUUUUUAAAUUAACAGUAAUCUCAGUCUAUUUUUGUGAUCCUCCCUAAAUGUUUAAUGAACAAUAAAAAUUAAUUAGAUUUU